CCGCAUGUGUUACUCAGCAGUAUUCAACACUACUCAAGAAUCUGGAAACGCUUAAGUUGUAUAGUCAGUUGUUGUUUUAGUUGUUUUGGAAAUAAGCAAAUUAUGUGCUAUAUUAGUUUUCUUUGUCGCACAUGGUAUUAAGCAAACAGAAGACGUGCACGUGCGUGUUUGUCCCGUCUGAAUCACAGGAUCUUGUAACGAGCGAGUAAUUAAUAUAGCAUUGCCUACAUGUGAAAUUGGAAAUACCAAUCGGACAGUUCCAAGUAAACACACCAACUCGAAGGAACUUAAUCAAGGCGUAUGUUUUGAAAUGCCAGUCCAGAUGAAUGCCCACGUGACGUAGAGCUCAACUUGGACAAUAACGAGGAAAACAAACGCACUGUUUUUUUUAAUGUACUAAUUUAAUUAAGUUACUCGCGUCGACUAUUCAUAUAUAUGCCAGUACUACCAGACAUUCAACUUGAAAUAAGUGAAGUCGAUAUAUACGUUUGUAAUUAAAGAAGUUCAUCCAAUUCGUGCGGAAAGUUGCUCAUACGGCAAACAGCGGUUACAAUAUACUAUUGAAGUUUAUUUUAUUUUUGUGUAACUCACUUGAACGGCAAACUUUGCGACAAAUGGUCUUGUAUAACCAGAUAAAAUUAAAGAAAAAUAUAAUGCCGUCUUUAAGAUAAUUUUUAAUAAUUUGGCUUACGGUUAAACAGUCGGUGCUACUUAAAAAUCUGGUGUGACGGAAAUGAGCUGGUACAGCCAGAUGAUCAAGUCCCAGGAGUUGGCGCGCAGUAAGAACAGACGGGAGGCUAAGCGCGCCGAGAGUCAGCUACUGGGAGCGGAGUUCGUGGCGCAGUACCGGCUGGCGGCACUCGAUAAAGAGAAGAGGCUCAUAGAGAAAGAGCUCGAGCGUAUCCGCCAGGGAGUCCAUAAGCCCCCGAAGGUGGGACAGAAUGUCAAAGAGCGGGACAAGCACGUGCUGACUGUGACGUCACCACGUCAGAAGAACGCGGUGACAACAAGGUUGAUAAAGGACUUCGGUGUGUCACCGGUCACGCAUCACAUCGAUACCGCGUACUCCAACGACGAAAAGAAGCUGUACGGAGCCAUUGUGUUCUUGAAAAAUAACCCAUCAGCAUUAGUGCCCAUCCUCGCCGCGCAUGCGCAAAGUGACGCAUAUUUAAACACAUUAGGGCGUCUCACGCCUUUUCUUGAACCAGAGGAAUCUAAGUCAAAACCAAUUGUACCGCGGUACUUACAGGAAAAUUACAAUGACACCGAAAAAGCAGAGUUACUAAACAGGUAUUCAUUACUAUUAAACAGAAACAGUCCAAUUUUACGAGGCAACGUCUCGCGUACCGGCCUGGGACGGGAGAGUCAAAGGGCGAACCGUGACAGCCCCGACUGCCCGACCUUUCGGUCCUCGGCCCCUCUGCCGCCGAUCCAGACGGCGCGGACAGAGCAGGUCAACGCAACUCCGAGACGAGAUCUUGCCGAAGAUGACAAGAAUGCAGACCGUCUUCAAACAGGCAAUACCGACCGUAUAGGCGACUCGACAACCCCAAGAAAGAAACAGCCCGGUCAUCUUGCCGACAAAGACAUGCAGGCUCCACGCGAUCAGAUAUCCCGACGGCCGUCGGCCGACAUGCAGAGACCGGCGGAUGGGCAGAGCGCGCAAGACUCCACUACGAAACCAGACGAUAAAAAACCAAAGAUACAACCAAAGGCAAUGUUUCCGGCCUUUGACCCGGAUGUAUACAACGCGGAUGGUUCCCUGCGCACUGUGCAUCAGAUGGUAAAUUUCGAAGACGCCUGGGCGGAGGCCCAAAAAGCUCGGUACAUCCGGACCAAAGAACAGCUCGAGCGGGAUAAGGAACUGUCCGUCAAGGAAAUAUUCGAAAAAGACGACAAAACCAAAACCACGAAAUAGUGAACGACGUUGUCAGCCACUUUCAUAUACAUUCCACCAUUUAUUUUGUUUUGUCUGCGCCCGUCAGUUUCAAUAUAGUGGAGAUAAAAAGUGGUGACUUUAUAGUAGGGCGUCAACAAGUUGUUGAAUUUCGGUUUAUAUACCGCCCUCCCUGAUUUUGUCAUCUUAUUCUUUUUUGCACAUCGGCUAUGAAAGAGUUACUUUGAAUAAAAAGGAUGAUAUGCGACAUUUCGAUAUGUAAAGAAAAUGGAUUUAGAAAAAGUUAAUUUGAAACUUUAAUUAAUAUGUAAUUGUUUUCAGAUAUAUUUCGUGCUGACCAGAACAAGACUCAAUCUCACGAUGUCAGCGGUAUAUAAAAUUUCAUGAUUUUAUUUUAACUGUGCAACAUUUAACUGUAAGAGUUUCCCCGGAUGUGAGAAAAAUACUUAAAUGAACAUUUCAUUUUGUCAAGAUGAGCGUUAUAACCGCUAUUUAAUGCACACGAUUAUUGUAAGCCUACAUAAAUUUGUGCACAGAAUUGUGGAACGUUAAUAGUCACUUUAUCUUUUCCUGGACAAACUUACAUAUAUUUGUAAUUUCGGAGUUCGAGCGUUAAUUCGGUAAACAAGCAUGCGCGUGCCACAUUAAAACUAUGUGAUGAUUGAGAACGUUUAUUAACACUGUAACUAUUGGUCUUUGUUGGCCCAACACAACUUCUGCAGCAAUUUGAAAUUAUGAUGUGAAGGAAAUAAAAGAUUAUAAUAGAUGAA